UAAUACACCUCUCAAAAAUAAAUCUAAUUGUUCACAGAUGUCGUUGUUCAGAAACAAACAUCCCAAAGAAGAUUUUGAGAAUAUGGUUAUCUCUGAACCAACUGACUUUAGACAAAUUAAUCAUGUUAGUGUAGGGUCAGACGGACAAGUUAACUUGGAUUCUAUUUCACCAGAAUGGAAAUUAAAAUUACGACAAGCAGGUAUUCGUAAGAAAGAUUUACAAGAUGAAACAACUCGUAAAGAAAUUUUCUCAUUGCUUUCUGAAAAUGAUAAACAAACACCUUCUUCCACCCAUGGAACAUUACCACCUCCUCCCGGAAGAAAACCACUAACAAGUUCAACUGGUAAACAAGUCCCUUCUCGUAAACCACCUGCACCUCCAAAUAAAAAAUUACCAACACCGCCUCAAGGAAAAGGAAAACCUAUACCACCACCAAAGCCUGAUAAUAGAAAUGUGCCUUCUCAUCAUCUUCCAGUUGAACCACCACCUGUUCCUCCACCACAUGGACAAGCACCUUCAUUACCACCACCUGUUCCUCCACCAAGAGGAGGUGCACCUGCAUUGCCACCACCUAGAAGAGGAACAAAGAACGCACCACCACCACCACCGCCACUUGAACCAAAGGUUGUUGCUCCUGUCUCAACAGUUCCAAGCGGUCCUUCUCUUGCAGAACAGUUACAGGCAAAAAGGAAUGAUCUUAACUCCGCUCCAGUAGAAGACAAUGUCCCAGUUCAACAAGACGAUGAUAUUGUUAGUGCAUUGAGAGGAAUUAUGGUUAAAAGAAGAGAGGAUAUGAAUAUGGUUGAUAAUGAAGAAGAAGAGGAGGAAGAUGAUGAUGAUUGGAGUGACUAAAAAAACAGACGCAUUCUGUUUAGUUGUUGUUAUCAAAUCUUAUUCAGUUUAUUAGUUAUUGUUUUGUGGUUUAACAUUGGAUUUAUUAUUCAGAUAAAAAUAACGUGAAAUGGAUAUUGAAUUAAUUCAUUAUAAAUUACAAAUUUCUAGUAAUAAUCAGAAAUAAAUACUUAUUUGUUGUAUUAGCUCAAACAAAUUUGAUAAUUUAUUUUAAAGAAGUUAUCAUUUACUUUCAUUCAAACUAGUCAAUAAAAUAAUUGUUAUUAUUAUAAAUCUUAAAGAUAAUGAUAAAAUACAUCAAAAUAAUUAUUUAAAGAAAAUGGUAUUAUUCUAAUUACAACU